UCCCCGUGGCGUGUCCGUGUCCGCAGAGCAGUGACGUUUGUGUGCACAGCCAAAAUGAUGCUCCGCGUGUUCGUAUCUUUAGUUAUCUUAAUAUUUUCGUGCAUUUACCCGGCGGUGGGCUUGUAUUUCCACAUAGGGGAGACGGAAAAGAAAUGCUUCAUUGAAGAAAUUCCGGACGAAACCAUGGUGAUCGGUAAAUACAGGACUCAGCUCUGGGACAAACAGACCAACGCCUACCUGCCCUCCACACCCGGUCUGGGUAUGCACGUGGAGAUAAAGGACCCCGAUACCAAGAUCAUCCUCUCUCGUCAGUACGGUUCAGACGGACGCUUCACCUUCACGUCUCACACUCCUGGAGAGCAUCAGAUCUGCCUUCACUCAAACUCCACCAAGAUGGCAUUGUUCGCUGGAGGAAAACUGAGGGUGCACUUGGACAUCCAGGUGGGAGAACACACCAAUAACUACCCCGAGAUCGCAGCUAAAGAUAAACUCACCGAGCUCCAGCUACGAGCGAGACAACUGCUCGACCAAGUGGAGCAGAUCCAGAAGGAGCAGAACUACCAGAGGUACCGUGAGGAGCGUUUCCGUAUGACCAGUGAGAGCACAAACCAGCGCGUGCUGUGGUGGUCCAUCGCUCAGACCCUCAUCCUCCUCAUCACCGGCAUCUGGCAGAUGAAGCACCUCAAGAGUUUUUUCGAGGCCAAGAAACUGGUCUAAGGUUGGUCUGUGGACUGGUCUGUGGACUGGUUUGAGGACUAGUCUAGGACUGGUCAUAAUAAGACUUAAAAUCGUGUCGGGAUUUGUGAUGGAUAAUAUACAGGUGCUAUCUGAGAUCAGCCGAUGUAGUGGAUUUUUUUUCAAAUAUCAAAUCUGUGAAUAGGUUCAGAUAUUUAUAUAUCCAUGGGUUUCAGAAGGAUGGAAAAUUAGGACAGUUGCCAUAGCGAUUAACUAUAGAACAGAAUUAGUGCUUUGCUUUUUGAUUCUGUAGCAAUUUGUUGUGUUUCCCAGUCCUCUGCAUCACUUUUGUUACUUGUAAACUGCCAUGUUUGAACCAGGACUGAACCAGUAUUGUACAGGCUCAGCAGGACAGCUAUCAGAUUCCGAUAUCUAAAAAAAAAUCCACAUUGGACCAUCCCUAAAAUGUUGCUAAAUUUUAAAGAAUUUGACUUUUGACAGAUUUUUGGUUUUGUACCUCCUCAUCUGAUCAGAGGCACAUCGAUGAAGCGUUCACUUUCCUCUGGCAGUUUUGAGGAGUAAAAACACUGGAUUAUUGAUGCUUUUGUACAAAAUAAGAUUGUUUUCAAUAUUUAUUAUGUGUUAAUAUAUAAAGGUGUUGCCUUAUUGAAUGUUCACUGUUACAUGUCAGAUUUAAGAGCAUUUGUUUCUUUUACUUCUUCUAACAUUCCCUCCAAGUUUGAUUCUUUCCUUUGACUUUGAUCAUCACAGACACACACGUCCCUGAGUUCAAGGUCACCUAACCUCACUAAUAGUACAAGUAUUUUGUCAGAAAGACCGAGAGUUUUCAACAGUUUCGAGACCACAGCUAGCCCUGGUGCAUUUACAAACCCUUAAUGAUCUGAUCAUCCCAUUAAUUGAAGCUCAUGCCUUCAUGUAAAUGAUGCUUUUGCCUGUUUUAUCCAUGUGACUCAAUAAAACCAUGUUGGUACAUUU